AUGACCAAGGACACAGAGGUGGACAUGAAGGACGUGGAGUUGAACGAGAUGGACCCAGAAAAGCAGCCGAUGACUGGAGAUGGUCAGACUGGGGAAAAGAAUGGCACGGUGAAACUAAAAGUGCCCGAAGACGAGGUCACAUUCACUGGGCUUUCUAAAGAGGAGCUGAUGAAGGUGGCUGGGACUCCCGGAUGGGUGCGUACGCGCUGGGUGCUGCUGAUCCUCUUCUGGCUCGGUUGGGUGGGCAUGUUGGCUGGAGCUAUUGUGAUCAUUGUGAAGGCCCCUCCAUGCAAACCCAUCCCCGAAAUGAACUGGUGGAAUGAGGGGCCCCUAUACCAAAUCUCUGACCUGAAAGCCUUUGCCGAAUCACUGGCAGGAGUCGAGACAAAGCUGGACAACAUGAACCAGCUGAAGGUGAAAGGCCUCAUCAUCGGACCUCUCCACACCGUCGACAAAGACCAGCCCUUCACCCUCGACCUGAAAGUCAUCGACCCGACCGAGGGCACAGAAGCCAUGCUGCUGUCCCUUAUUGAGAAGGCUCACAAGAAAGGGAUUUCUGUGGUGCUUGACUUAACUCCAAACUAUAAGGGAUCCUCUUCCUGGUUCACAGCUGGAGAUGAGGCCGACGUGAUUGAGAAAGUCAAGGAUGCAGCUGAGUAUUGGUUGAAGUCGGGCGUGGAUGGCAUCAAAGUUUCCGAUGUCACGGUCCCGGCCCAGUCUAUGUAUUGGUCCGAACUCUCGGCUGUUGUCCAGGCAAACCGCACCAAAGACGUCAAAAAUAAGCUGUUGAUGGGUGUGACCAAAGGAGUGUCGGUUCUGGAGGUUUCUCAACUUGUCAACACGUCUGGAAUCGACCUGCUCCUAUCCGACCUGCUCAGCAUGCAGAAAACGGUGAUGGAGAGGCUGUCUGUCAUGGAGUCCCUCAGCGCUCUGAAGCUGCAGCUGGGAUGGGGCCUGGGUGCGGCUCAGAGGCAGCAGCUGCUCCCUGAGCCCACAGCUCCAGGUUUGACUCGUCUCUACCACCUGCUGCUCUUCACCAUGCCCGGAACCCCCGUCUUCACUUACGGAGACGAGAUCGGACUCACGGCAGAGGGCGAUGUAUCUCCUAAAAUGGUUUGGGACAUUGAAAAGGAACCAGCAGAAGGCACCGCCAAUGAGACAGCAGAGGCUGUGAGGAAAGAGCGCGUGGACAUCCGAAAGUGGUUCAAGUCUCUUAGCGACCUGCGGGGGAAGGAGCGCUCUCUGCUGCACGGAGACUUCUACAGACUGGAGGCGUCAGCAGGAGCCAUGUCCUUCCUCCGAUUGUGGGACCAGAGCGAACGAUACAUUACCGUCAUCAACUUCGGCCCAGCUCCACAAACCAUCUCGCUCAAGACACAAGUAGCAGAGGGUGUGGAGUUACCAGAACAGGCCAAAGUGAAGCUGUCCACAGAUGCAGAGCUGGAGCCGGACUCCAUGUUGAGCCUGGAUUCUAUCAAACUGGGGCCUGGGCAAGGAGUGCUACUACAGUUCCCCUAUGCAGCAUAA